AUGCAAGUUGUGGUGCUCAAUACUCAAUCCUGCUGCGGAGCCCCACAACUUCCUUCUUCUUCCCAUCCCUCCGUUUCCAACAAGGGAACCAGGUUCUUGGGUAGCCAUGCUUGUUUCUGGAGGAAAGGCAUCGUUGUGCGUUCUUCUGUUCGGAUUCAUUUACCGCACUCUACACGUAGCUUUGCUGUAAAUUGUGUUGCUACUCCAAAUCCAGCAGUGGAACUGCCAUUAACUGCUGAAAAUGUGGAAAGUGUAUUGGAUGAAAUUCGACCAUAUCUCAUUUCAGACGGUGGAAAUGUGGCAUUACAUGAAAUUGAUGGCAAUGUUGUGCGGUUGAAGCUGCAGGGUGCAUGCGGUUCAUGUCCGAGUUCUGUUACAACGAUGAAAAUGGGCAUUGAGCGGCGAUUAAUGGAGAAGAUCCCUGAAAUAGUGGCAGUUGAACCAAUAGCUGAUGAAGAAACUGGUCUUGAGCUAAAUGAAGAAAACAUAGAGAAGGCUCUUGAGGAAAUAAGGCCCUACUUGGUUGGGGCUGCUGAUGGAACUCUUGAAUUGGUGGCCAUUGAUGAGCCAAUAGUAAAAGUCCGAAUCACAGGUCCCGCUGCUAGCGUCAUGACUGUGCGUGUAGCUGUUACACAGAAGUUGCGAGAAAAAAUACCUGCCAUAGCAGCUGUUCAGCUUUUAUGA